GUGCUGCAGCUGCCUGCAUGUGGUUCCCGCUGCCCACCGAGCACUGGCAAACGCCGCCGGCUCCGCCGAUGGGGCUGCCACUCGCACCGCUCGCGCCACUGAGCGUAGCGGAUCCGUCUGUCGACCUCUGCCUCGGCAGCCCGUGGCUGUCUGACUCGAGUGACGGAGACUGGGACGGCCUCUUCUACAAGAUCGGCGUGAUCUGGCCGCUGCGCUCGGCCGCGGCGGCACUCGACUAUGGGACUGGCUUCGACGAGCUGCACUUGGAGUGCGGCGGCGGCCCGGCCAGCACCUCAAUCGACGUCCACAUCCCCAUCGUGGAGCCGCUCGGCCUGCGCUCCAUGAUGCACAUCGACCUUCGCAACGACGACAACUACUUUGGCGUGCCGCUGCCCGACGGAAACGACUUCCACGUCCACUCGCAGUGGGAGGCGGACGAGGAGGGAUGGUGGGCCUCGCGCGGGCGUUCGUCGGUGCUCAACGCGCGCUUCGUGGCGCGCGGCGCAAACUGCUCCGUCUACUCGUACCUCCAGCACCCGCUCGCCGCACCGGCACCGGCACCGCCCGCGCGAGGCGAGGCUGAGGCUGCGAGCGAGGCUGAGGCUGCGAGCGACGCGGGAGAGGGCGGCGGCGCCGCCGCGCCGCCCUCCAUCACCUUUGACGUCGCGAUCGACUGCGAGGGCGUCGCGGC